AUGUCGCAACACGUGCUGCCGCACACGGUGCGCAUCAAGCGCAAGAGACAGGAUGAGCCGGUGGAGACGCUGCAUGUCCACCACACGCCGCAGGACGACCCCAAGAAGCGCCGUUUCACCCUCGACCAACCAGCCUCGUCCUACCCGGCCGUGUUCAGACGCGUCCUGCAGCAGGAUCCUGCCGUUGCGGGUGCCUCCUCCACCUUGGACGGCUCGACGUCCAGUCUUGCAGCGGCAGGUCCCACAGCGGCCCCCACUGCCACCACCUCCUCCGGUCCAGUCUCAGCAGCAGCUACUGCUGCUAACGACAGCAGCGCGGCCCCCUCAAGGACCGAUAGCCUUUCCUCAAUACCCUCUUCUUCGGAUCGGAAGAUCCUGGCGCCAGCCCCGGCGACCCGUCGCUUCCACCUCUCCACCAAGUCCGCGCCGAGCCGCUCGUCGAGCCCCGGCGGCUCGCUCCAGAAGCGCAAGAAUGUCGCAACGCUCGUGGAAUCCAAGCCGAAGAAGACGAGGACCGCAGGCGGGCCGGAAGUCGCCGAGUACGUCGCUCAGAAGGCAGCAGCCGGACGCGACGGCAGCGGGCACGAUGUCGAGAUGCAAGUGGACCAUGAACAGCCGGCUGUAAGCGCGCAGCCCACCACUCUCAAACGACCGGGGAGGACGGCGAGGAGCGCGAGCCCGGCCAUCGACCGCGGCACGAACGGUGCUACCACCACUACCGCAACCGCUACUGCGGCCGCCGCGGCAGGCAACGGCGAUGCCGGCAAGUCUGGCAAGGCUGCCGUCGACCUCGGCCUGCUCUCCGAGAUGCAGAAGUUCGCGCAGGAGGUCGAGCACGCCGAGGAGCGGAAGGAGAAACCCGCCCCCUCGACGCCUGCCAAGCCGACGCCCAUCUACCCACCGACCCUCGCCUCGCCGCCGUCGCAUCAGAAGCUCAAGUUCCAGCCCAAAGCCACGCCGCGCUUCCGCGACCGCCAUCCGGAACGGUUCGCGAACAACAACGGUGCUGCGACGGCGGCCAUGGACAUCGAUAAUCACCACGCAGAGUCGGACUCGGACGACGACGACGGCGACUACGUAUACGACACGUACAUCCGCUACGACGGCCCGCCCGACACGGUCAUCGACAACGCGACGGCCGCCACCGCGCUCCCGCCCGACAUCGGCGUGCUCGUCAUCAACGUCGAGGAGCAGCCGCUGUGGGAGGCGUACCUCGAGCAGAAUCCCGCCGCCGAGGACAGCGACAAGGAGUUCGACACGGAUGACGAGGACGAGAAUGCUGAAGAUUUCUACGCGAACGAGUACCCGGAGGACGAGGUCGCGAGCGACGACGAGAGGGACGAGGGCGCGUACCGGUACAGAGUCGCGGCGAGUGAUGAGGAGGAGUGGGGCAUGUAUAGCGAUGAAGAGGAUUUGGGGAGGCCUUGGGGACGGAGGCCGGCGUGGCUGAAGGGCGGGAGUGGGGAUGAGAGGAACGAUAGUGACUGA